CAACGUCAGUCAUCUGUUUGCAUUUCACGGGCCAACAUCACCUAACCAAACGAAACCGAAAGUGGUAGGGAAAUUGUUUUUGUCGUGAAAUUGAUUGCCAAGUAGUUGUAUCCUGAUUGUCGUGGUAUCCUGAACAAAGUUUGCAGAACAGGAUGAGAGCCUUUGUACUGGUGAGCUGCUGUUUGGCUCUUGCUUCCGCACGACCGGAAGCGGGAUAUUCAUACAACCGUCCGUCAUCUGGCGGAGGCUCUCACGGAAGCGGUGGUGGCGGUGGCGGCUAUUCUGGCGGUGGUGGCCACGGAGGUUCCUCGUACAGUUCCGGCGGCGGUGGCUCGUACAGCUCCGGCGGUGGAUUUUCGUCCUUCGGAGGAAGCGGUUUUGGAGGUUCAUCGUCAUUCAGCUCCGGUGGUGCUAGCUUUGGAGGAAGCAGCUUUUCCGGAGGCGGCGGCGGAGGCGGAGGUGGCUACUCCGGUGGCUCCCAGCAGGCAAUCAUUCAGAAGCACAUUUAUGUCCAUGUACCCCCACCAGAGCCAGAGGAAGUUCGUAUCCAGCGGCCAAUUUCAUUAGCUCCGGCUCAGAAGCACUACAAGAUUAUCUUCAUCAAGGCUCCAUCGGCUCCUGCCUAUCAGGCACCACAGAUUCCACUGCAGCCCCAGAACGAAGAGAAGACUCUGGUUUACGUAUUGGUCAAGAAACCCGAUGACCAGCAAGACAUUAUCAUCCCGACGCCAGCUCCAACGCAGCCCAGCAAACCGGAGGUCUAUUUCAUCAAGUACAAGACUCAGAAGGAAUCCAGCGGAGGUUACUCCGGAAAUGCUGGAGCCAGCUUCAGUGCCGAUAUUGGUGGCUCUAUUGGUGGUGGUCACGAUAGCGGAAUCAGCAGUGGACACGGGGACGAUCUCAGCGGAGGACAUGGCGCUACGGCUCCGGCUGCCCAGUACGGACCACCCGGCAAAUCUGGACCAUACUGAACAACGCAACACCGAACGUAUUCCGGACCACGUAGCUAGUCGAAAAACACAAACGAACAAACAUACCGCAUUCACAAACACACACACACACACUCACACAGCACUAAUUCGCUGUAGAAGUUUGCUGGAGCAUUUCCGGUUUCCUGAAAGACAGCGUCAGCCGGAAACCGGAAGGCCGAGGCCUCUGUUGUACAUAGUGCUUCCUUCACGAGCAAUUUUUCUUAGAACGUAGGACGUAAUUUUUACAACUUACUAUAAUUGUAAUCUUGUUUUAAUUUUUAGAAAAAAUGCAAUUAAAACGGUGACAAAUUUUAGAAAAAAAAAACAAAA